UAUUAUUAUAGUAAUAGUAAUAGUAAUGCUUAUGCUCUGUCUUUUUGGAUUUUUGUAUCAUUGGCUCGUGACUUACCUGGAAAUGGAAGCUACAAUACUAACUACUUUUCUGUUUGACCCGCCGUCCCAACCUGCCGGAGAAGGCAUACACCACCACUGGUGCAGAUUUAAAAAAAAAAAAAAAGUUUUCAUAAUAUUUGGAAUUUACAAAGUCAGGUUCAUGCAAUUUCCAUGUGUUUCCCUUUUGUUGGGUUAUACGGAAAGUGCAAUAGAAUCUCUGAUGUGUUUCCAUGUGUUUCCCAUAAUCUUCGUUUAUCUGCUACUACUACUGUUGUAUUUUCAGUUUUUUAAAGGCUUGUUGCGGAUUGUUAGGUCUGAACAUUAAUGUAUGUUGAUUUUUUUUUAUUUUUUUUAAAUUUGGGAUUUUGCCCAACGUUAAUGUAUGUUGAAUUUUGUGUAGUUAUCUUAGUUACUCUAACCCCACCUUCAACCUUUUUGCGAUUUUCAGUGAAUUUAAGUCUUACAAUGUUCGAAAUUAGUUGUAAUUCAACGAAGAAGUGUCACUGUGGUGAAAUUGCUCGUUGUUUCACUUCGAAAACACCUUCAAAUCCUGGUAGGAUAUUCUAUAAGUGUCCUAAACUUAAGGCUGAAAAUUGUGGUUUUUGGGAGUGGCAAGAUAAUUUUCUAGACAAUGCUUUAUUGGAAAUAAGUGAUUUGAAGGGUAAAUUGGAUGUGGCUACGGUGAAGAUGGAUAAUUUAAGAGAGUCGUUGAAUGCGGUUAAGCUCGAAAGAGACAACUUGAAGAAAAAGGUGCAUAACUUGGAGGCUAUAAAUAACUCUCAAGUGAACAAAUCAAGGGAAUUGGAAGAGAAGAUGUUGAAGUUGAAGAUGUUGUUUAUGAUUUCAUUGGCCGUAUUAGUUGGAGUUUUUUGUCGCUAAUUUGGGAUGAAUUAUGCUUGCUCUAGUAAUAGAAGUGAAAGACUUGUUUUGGUAGAUGACGAUGUUUAGGAGUAGAAGUUUUUG